AUGAAGAUGUUGGCGUCCAUCGCCUUCCUGGCCACGCUUGCGGUGGCACUGGGACACCACGACCCCGCGCUGGACUGGCACUGGCAGCUCUGGAAGAAAACUUAUGGCAAGGAGUACCGCCACGAGAAAGAGGAAGGGGACCGGCGCACGACGUGGGAGAGGAACCUGCGACUGGUGACGCUUCAUAAUCUGGAGCACUCCCUGGGGCUGCACUCCUACGAGCUGGGCAUGAACCACCUGGGGGACAUGACCAGCGAGGAAGUGGCGGCUUUGUUAACUGGGCUGCGCGUCGCUCCUCGGUCAAACCGGACCUCCACCUACCGGCCGCAGCCUGGCAGCAAGGUCCCGGACACGGUGGACUGGAGGGAGAAGGGAUGCGUCACGGACGUCAAGAACCAGGGCCCCUGUGGGUCGUGUUGGGCGUUCAGUGCCGUGGGAGCCCUGGAAGCCCAGGUGAUGCUGAAGACGGGGAAGCUGGUGUCCCUGAGCGCCCAGAACCUCGUUGACUGCUCCAUGAUGUACGGGAACAAAGGCUGCAGUGGAGGUUUCAUGACCAGUGCUUUCCAGUACAUCAUCGACAACGAAGGCAUUGACUCGGAUGAUUCCUACCCCUACACGGCUCAGAAUGGGACAUGUAAAUACAAUGCUUCCACGCGAGCCGCCACUUGUUCCAAGUACGUUGAGCUUCCACACGCCGACGAAGCAGCCCUGAAGGAUGCUGUAGCCAACAUCGGACCGGUCUCUGUCGCCAUUGAUGCCACCCAGCCCACCUUCUUCUUGUACAGGUCAGGUGUGUACGAUGACCCCCGGUGCACACAGGAGGUGAAUCACGGAGUACUCGUCAUCGGCUACGGCACUCUAAAUGAUAAGGAUUACUGGCUCGUGAAAAACAGUUGGGGCGUGCGUUUUGGUGACGAGGGCUACAUCCGCAUGUCAAGAAACCACGCGAACCAUUGCGGGAUCGCCAGUUAUGCCUCUUACCCGCUGAUAUAG